AUGAGAAGUCGAACAUCUCAACGUACCAGAACAAGUAUCAGUAAUGAUAUUUCCAACGGUCCAGUUUGCGAUCACGGUUUGAGUAAUGGUAACGGGGAUGAACCGAUGGAUGCAGUUAAGAUGGAACACAAGUCUGAAAUUAAGGUUAAUGGUACACCUCGUUCGUUGAAGCAACAGAAGAAAGAUAUGAUGGAUAUGAUUUUAAAGGAUCGGUUGAAAGCGCUUAAUGACAGCAUCGAUAAAAGUGAUUCGAUCAGUAACGAUGCUGAAUCAACGACACAACUCAUUGAGAAUGCUAGUACCUCGAAAGAUGGUACAGUCCAACAAAAUGCGAGCGAAGCAGGUGACCAUAGUGCAAGGAGAGGUGAAAGUUUGGCUGUGUUACUGAGCCAAGGUUUGACGAGUGGAGAUGCGGAGAAAAUAGACAGCGUUCUGAGUAGAAGUGAUCCGCAAACUAUAUCGGCCACACUGAACGAGUUGCCAGUCACGCAAAUUCUGCCACUCCUGAAACAAAUCGAAUUUCGUUUCAGAAAUCGAAAAACACUCGAUGUUCGUUGUUGGGCUCGUUGGAUGCAGUGCACAAUCUCAAUGCAUGCGCCAUAUCUUUCUACGAUUGGCUCACUGGAAAGUGAAUUAGGCACGUUGUAUAAUUGGAUGAGGAAUCGAUCCGCAAACAUUUCCAGCUUAUAUAACCUUCACGGAAAGUUCACGCUACUUUUGGAGCAAAUCGAACGUCGUGCCAAUCCAAAAUUCUUUAUUUUCAAUCAACCAACAGUGUUGUUCAACGGGAUGAAACUUCAGAAGAAGCAAUGA